AUGCCGGAGUGCCCAGCAGAUUUUGAAGGUGUGGGGCGGGGAUGGUACAAUGUGGAGGAGGUUCGGGAGCGAAUCUUUGACCACAGAGGGUUUUUGGUGCUCCCCGAGGUGGGAGAACCUGCGCCCAUGCAGACUCAGGGAUGCUGUGUGUUGAACCAGACUUUCUUGCUGCCCAUCAUUAAAGCAAUGAAGGCGGCCAAAACUCUCAAACUCCCUUCGCUCGAGCAGAUCCACAGGCAGCUCGUAAUCCUAUGGACCACCCACCAGAGUGCUAAGAAGAAGAAGAAAGGCUCUUCCAAGGGGCGGUUGCCAAAGUUGGAUGACAGCUUCCAGCUUGAACCCGAAAUCCUUGCUCAUGCUUUAACUGAUGCCAAAGGGAUCAAGUCUCUUUUGAGCUUUGUUCGGAAGCAGUUUUUGAGCGAGCGCGUGCCCAAGGAUUCUCGGCUAAAUUGA